AUGCCACAAUCCGGGUAUCAGACCUUCAAACUGCAAGGACAUAAUAUCAGCUUGAAUUUGCAGUUUGUAGGCAACAUCAAUGACGACAGCCCCUCCGCGUGGAGCGACGAGGCUCCACUUCUGCCAGUGAUCAACAAUGAAAAGAGCGAUAUGGGCUCCAUGACCGAGCUCAAAGAGCGACUGCAGUUGGCAGAGAUUAACUGCUCCAGGCUGGAAGAGCUGUACCAAAAGUAUAGACUUCGUUGGUUAGAGGAGAAGUAUCGGGCAAGUGUGUUGAAAGAAUACGCACCAGCUGGGAUCGAUACUUGCUCUCCCCAUCAGAUUGCAUGGAACGCUCCCUCUCCUACUCCAAGCGAAUACGAUGGCGAAGUUGAGGACAACGCGUAA